AUGUCUUCAGGACCCAAUGGCGCCAGGCGCAUAGCGUCUGUAUUGAGGCCUUCAAUAGUCGACUCCCGAGUCUGCAGAAGCUGUCAAGAGACGCUCGUUCGCCGCAAUUACGCCUCCACUGCUGCGACUAGUUCAGCUUCAGAAACCGUUUCAACUCCCGCCUCUACAUUUCCCGUCGUCAAACCUACACACAUCAUUAAGGCCGGCGUGGUCCUAUCGCGUCCUCCGCAAAUCACCCGCGACCUCACACCGUUCGAAAAGGCGUACUUCUUCUACCAGAAACGGCUGAACGAGCGACUGGCACUCCCAUUCACAAAAUACUUCUAUUUCAAGCGGGGUACUCCGGCUGAUGAGGACUGGAAGCGUAAGAUUCGGGAGCGUCAAACGCCUGCACGCGAUAUCGGCAAGUAUAACGCGUACUCGAAGGAAGCAUGGAACGACGAAUUGCUCGUCGGGGCAGUUGAGUCCGAACCUGAGCAUCAGAUUGAGAUGCUUGUGCAGGAUGCAGAGGCUACUGUGAAUGCCACUUCUCAAGAUACUAGCAAGAAGGAGGAAAUUCCCAGACCGUUUCCCCGAGUGACGGAGGCGGACGAGAAGAACGACCAGAAGAGCCUGAACCGGGCUCUGCAGAGAACCCUCUAUCUUCUUGUCCAGACCAAGGAGGGAUUCUGGAAACUCCCCAGUUCGCCGGUCGAGACAGGGGAGACCCUUCGCCUGGCCGCCGAGCGUACCCUGGAACAAUCUGCUGGUGUGAACAUGAACACCUGGAUGGUGGGCUAUCACCCUGUUGGCCACCAUGUUUACAACUUCCGACACCCCAAGACCGACCCCGCAACUGGCCAACAAUGGUUCGGCGAGAAGACAUUCUUCAUCAAGGGUCGUAUCAUGGCUGGACAGGCCGACCUGUCCGAGAACGUGCAGAACCUCCAGGACUUCAAGUGGCUGGCUAGGGAGGAGAUUGCCAAAUUCGUGCUCCCCCAGUACUACAGCAACAUCAAGAACAUGCUGGCUGAGCGGUAA